AUGAUCUCAAAUUUGAUACUAUUUUUGCUUUUCCCUCAAUUCUAUUCAGAGUGGGUAUUUGUAAAUAAAUAUUUGAUUGAUAACCAGAACACAGCAGAAUUUUAGGAAGAUUCUACAACUUAACCAUAUUAUCUGACAUGUACAUCUCCUUAAUUUACAAUAUUAACUUUAACUAGAGAUCACCCUAAAAUCAUAUAAAUAAGUGAUGUAAUUAUAGAUAAGGGUUCUCAUAUAUCAUUUGAUUUAUUAUUUCAAGGUACAUGGACAAAUGGAUUAAUAACAUUUUAAUUUGGAAUUGAUAUUUUCACAUAUUAAUAUUCAACACCUGCAUAACAUGAAAACUUUUCAAUAUUUUGUGAAACAUCCUACGCUGAAACUAAAACUAUUAAUUUAACUCUAUUAACUUAAUAAUACAAUAAAAUGUAAUUUAAAAUGUAAAAUGAUGGGAAUGGGUAGGUUUCAUUAAAAAAUAUAUUAAUUUCAAAAAUUAAAUGCUACUAUUUAUGUAGGAGAUGUGUUGGACCAGAAUUAAAUCAAUGCACAGAGUGUUUUAAUGGAACUCCUAAAAAUGGCAUUUGUAGCCAAUGUCCUUCAAAUAAAGUUGUCCGUCCAAUACUUGGAUGUGCAUUAGAUUGCGAUAUUGAUUAACUAGUCUACUUUAACAAUUAAUGUCAAUACUAUUCAAGUAUAUUUAAAUUUUAUUCAAAGCUUUGCCUAUAAUUUUGGCUGAUUAUUAUUAUCCAUAAGAGAGGAUUAAUAUGAAAGUUAUUUAAGAUUUCAAAAAUACUGAUCUAUAGCCUAUAUAUUUUAAUUAUGAGGGAAGAAAAGAUAUCUUAGGGCUAUUUAAAUUUAAUUAAGGAACAGAAAGAUUGAUAAAUGAGAUCAAAUUAGAUUAUGGAACAUAUUUGAUUGGUAUCAGAGUAAAUAUAAUCCUGUUUGAUGAUAUACCAUAAGGAGGUAGUAUUUCAUUGAAAAUUAACAACACUUAUAAAGGUUCUAUAUAUAAUGAUGGCACUUCACUUAAAUUUCAUAAGUUGAAAUUAAUUUAAAUAGAUAUUUUAAAAGGUUAUUAAUAAUUUACAAAAUCCCAGGCCUAUUAUUUAUCAAUGUUUGUAGAUAUUCCUUAAUAUCACUUCACUUUAAGUAUUGUAGGAAAUUAUGGGUAAUAAAUUGUAAUAAAAUUUAGUAAUCCUUUUUAUUCUUGGGCUUUUGAACAACUUUUCAUCACUUCUGGAUAUUGCCCACUACAUUGUGAAUUAUGUGAAAUACCAUUUAUAUGUAAAACCUGUAGAUCAUCCUAUUAUAAAUACAAAGUUGAUAAAUGCUCACAAUGCUCGGGUCCGUAUUAAAAGGUAAAAGAUUCUUAUUGUUAAGAUUUUGAUGAUGAAACUCCAUGUAUUAUUUUUAAUAUCUUAAGAUUCUAAAUUUUUAGUCUAAGAAUAUAAAGAUUUAACAAAUGAUCCUAGUUAAUUUUCGCAAUAUUCUAUUGUGUCAUAGAAUGGAAUAAACUUUAUGAAAGGAUUAGAUAUCUUAUAUUCUGUCUUUAACAAUUAUAGGAUUUUUGGUGGCCAAUUAGUUUGGGCAUAAGCCAAAUUUUCUAGGGUUCAUCAAAUCUCUGAACCUCACCAUAGCAUAACUGUUGGAUUCUAUAUAGUAUUUGGACCAUCUUUUCCUUAAGCCAGUCAAUUUAUUUAUACUAUUGGAUCAAAUGAUCCUGUAAUUGUAAAAAAAGGUUCUUCCUAAAUAACUAAAAUAUAUGCAAAAAUUUAGCAUUCUGAAUCAUCAUUACUUAUGUAGUGGGAAUGUUAUGGUUCACAAAAUGAACCUUAUCAAGCCUAUUGUGGGUUUUAUAAUUAUUAUAUAGCAGUUCAUUAUUGUAAGUCUUAGUGUUCAAAAUGUACUAAUUAAGAUGAUUGUAUUUAAUGGAAUCCGGAUUAUGAUCNGGCUGAUUAUUAUUAUCCAUAAGAGAGGAUUAAUAUGAAAGUUAUUUAAGAUUUCAAAAAUACUGAUCUAUAGCCUAUAUAUUUUAAUUAUGAGGGAAGAAAAGAUAUCUUAGGGCUAUUUAAAUUUAAUUAAGGAACAGAAAGAUUGAUAAAUGAGAUCAAAUUAGAUUAUGGAACAUAUUUGAUUGGUAUCAGAGUAAAUAUAAUCCUGUUUGAUGAUAUACCAUAAGGAGGUAGUAUUUCAUUGAAAAUUAACAACACUUAUAAAGGUUCUAUAUAUAAUGAUGGCACUUCACUUAAAUUUCAUAAGUUGAAAUUAAUUUAAAUAGAUAUUUUAAAAGGUUAUUAAUAAUUUACAAAAUCCCAGGCCUAUUAUUUAUCAAUGUUUGUAGAUAUUCCUUAAUAUCACUUCACUUUAAGUAUUGUAGGAAAUUAUGGGUAAUAAAUUGUAAUAAAAUUUAGUAAUCCUUUUUAUUCUUGGGCUUUUGAACAACUUUUCAUCACUUCUGGAUAUUGCCCACUACAUUGUGAAUUAUGUGAAAUACCAUUUAUAUGUAAAACCUGUAGAUCAUCCUAUUAUAAAUACAAAGUUGAUAAAUGCUCACAAUGCUCGGGUCCGUAUUAAAAGGUAAAAGAUUCUUAUUGUUAAGAUUUUGAUGAUGAAACUCCAUGUAUUAUUUUUAAUAUCUUAAGAUUCUAAAUUUUUAGUCUAAGAAUAUAAAGAUUUAACAAAUGAUCCUAGUUAAUUUUCGCAAUAUUCUAUUGUGUCAUAGAAUGGAAUAAACUUUAUGAAAGGAUUAGAUAUCUUAUAUUCUGUCUUUAACAAUUAUAGGAUUUUUGGUGGCCAAUUAGUUUGGGCAUAAGCCAAAUUUUCUAGGGUUCAUCAAAUCUCUGAACCUCACCAUAGCAUAACUGUUGGAUUCUAUAUAGUAUUUGGACCAUCUUUUCCUUAAGCCAGUCAAUUUAUUUAUACUAUUGGAUCAAAUGAUCCUGUAAUUGUAAAAAAAGGUUCUUCCUAAAUAACUAAAAUAUAUGCAAAAAUUUAGCAUUCUGAAUCAUCAUUACUUAUGUAGUGGGAAUGUUAUGGUUCACAAAAUGAACCUUAUCAAGCCUAUUGUGGGUUUUAUAAUUAUUAUAUAGCAGUUCAUUAUUGUAAGUCUUAGUGUUCAAAAUGUACUAAUUAAGAUGAUUGUAUUUAAUGGAAUCCGGAUUAUGAUCCAAACAUAGUUCUCCUUCCUAAAGAAGAAUGCAAUAAUAAUUAAUAUUUUGAUGAGAAAGCUCAAAAAUGUAAUUUAUGCCCAGAAUAGUGUUUAACAUGUUCAUCUUAAUUUUACUGUUUAACAUGCAAAGAUUCAUUUAUUAUAUCUAAAUUAGGAUGCAUAUGUAAAACAAAUCAAUAUGAGUAAUCUAAUUAUUGUUUUGAUUGCCCUCGUGAAUGUGAACAAUGUUCAAGUUCCUCAUGGUGUACAGAAUGCUCUUCAAGCCUUAAUCGUAUUCAUUCUUAUGGCUAUUGUAUUUGUUAAACAGGCUAUAAAUCUUAUUAACCAGACCCAUUUUGCUAUAAAUGUUUAACACUUCAUUGUCAAAUUUGUGAUAAAGUCACUGGAGAAGAAUGCUACUCUUGUGAAAAUGGUUAUCACUUAAUUGGAAAUAAUUGUUUCUCAAUUUGUGGGGAUGGAAUAAUAACUGAAGAUGAAUAAUGUGAUGAUGGGAACUUACUUAAUCAAGAUGGUUGCCAUUCUUGUUUAUAUGAUUGCUAACAUUCAUGCUAAUUUUGUGUUAAAGGAGUAUGUUCAGAAUGUUAUGAUGGCUAUAUUUUAAUAUCAUCAUAAUGCUAUUCUAUUUGUGGUCUUGAUUAGUUUUUCAAUUAAGGGCAAUGCUAAACUAGUAUUUUUAUUAAAUAUAUUAGUAAUAAAUUCAUUGUUAAUGAAAAGCCUACAAUUUUAUUAGAUUAGAAAUCUUUUUGAUUCUUAAAUCAAAAUAUAAAUGUAAAAUCAAAUCCUAAGCAUUUAAGAAAAUAAAUCAAUAAUUUUUACCAUAAAUUAGUCAAUUUCUCAAAUUGUUUUAAAGAUUAAUUUUCAAUGUAAUUUAAAUGAAAAUUUGAGCUCUUAUUUUUUACAUUGUUAUGAGUGUGACAUAAAAAAAACAUAUAACUUUUAGCAUGAUUGUUCAGAUUCUAAUGAUUUAUAAAUACAGUAUUAAAUUCGAUUUGAGAAAAAGCUAUAUAAAAAGGAAUAAAUAGUAAUUUCACUAACAUCCACAGAUAUUUAAGUAGAUCAAGUAGUCUUCAAUUAGACUUAUUAGUUAGUGAAUAUCAUUAAAAUUAAAUAAAAUUGA